AUGUCAGUCAGUGACACCUUUGCCUCUCGUUACGUUACUGGGGAAAAAUUAGGUGAAGGAGGCUUUGGAGCUGUCUACGAGGGAAGACGCGUUUCUGAUGGCUUGCAGGUGCUCUUAGCCUUUCAGCCAGGAGAUGAAGAAUUUGUUCAAAGUCCUGUUGAACCCAAGGCUGUGCCUGUGGAGGUGGAUCUGUUGCAGAUGAUGAACCAGCCACCCAUCUGUAAGAAUAUAAUACAGCUCAUCGAGUGGUUCGACGAGCCUGACCACUACAUACUAGUCUUGGAGCGCCCAGAUCCUUGCAUGGAUUUGGAGAGCUUCACUGAUGAGUUUGAAGGUUCCAUUGAUGAAGACAGAGCUUGUGCCAUAAUGCUCCAGGUACUGGAGGCAGUGUGCCAGUGCUGCAAGAGAUGUGUCUUCCACCGGGAUAUCAAAGCAGAGAAUUUAUUGAUCAACAAAGACACCUCAGAUGUCAAGCUCAUUGACUUCGGCUGCGGAGAUUGGAUCAGGAAAACUGGUUAUAAGGAAUUUGCAGGCACACUUGAGUACCGCCCUCCUGAGUUCCUUCUCGAGGGGAGGUAUCAUGCCAAACCUGCAACAGUUUGGUCUCUAGGUGUCCUACUGUUCAGGUUGGUUUGUGGAUACCUUCCCUUUACCCUGGACGAGGAAAUCAUUGAUGGGCUUCUGUACUUCAAAGAUGGCCUAUCCAAUGAAUGCUGCAAUCUGAUUCGCUGGUGUCUGCAGCACAAGCCCACCAGGAGGCCUAAUUUGGAGCAGAUCAAGCUGCAUGAUUGGUUCAGGAAGAACUCAAUGAGAUUGGAAUGCCCACCGCAUCCGGCCUUCGACAAACACAAACAUACCAAGGGGGACACCUGCAUCUUCAGCCCCAUGCAAGGCCAAACCUGCUAG